AUGACUUAUACUCCCAAGUUACCCGCUGCUAGCGUCCGGGCUCGCCGUGCGGCGGGAAUCGGCUGUUGUUUCGCAGGCGGCGUGGGGGAUGGGGAAGAGGCGGAAGAUAGUGAAGGGGCGGAAGACUCCCUGCCGGCGCGCGAGGCUGGGGGGAAGCUGGCGGAAGGAAUUGCGCGGCUACGGAUGGGAUGGGCGCGCGCAAGAGAUGGAGUGGAGGAGGCGGAAGGGGUCAGAGCACCGCUUCUGGCGCAUGCGGUGCUCCCAGCGGAGAGGGGGGACGUUGGCGCGCAGGAUGGCGGUCGCGGCGGAGAUGAGCGGAUGAAGAGGGAUGGUCCUGAUAUGCUUAGGGAUGCCCGAAUUUCUGGCGAACCUUCUUCCAAUUCGCGUCACAACGAGAUUGAACCUGCCGACACACCUGCCACCCACGAGUCGAGUUAUAUUACUGCCAGCGACACGGGCGCCUCCUAUGGAACACGGAGUACGACAGCCGCCACGUCAGCAGCCGAGCCGCGGGUCGUGCUGCCGCACCUGUACUCUAAAGUGCCGGUUUCUGGGGAAGGCAGUAGCGUAGCAGGCUGGGGUAGGUGGGAAGGAGAGACAUGCAUUCAAGAAGAGGAGGGAGAGGAUGAGUACUGGCGUGAGAGAGCAGACGACGCUGUUGCUGGCGCUGGUGCUGGCAGUUCUGACGCGUGUGUUGCUGAUUCGACGCGCGAAGAAGCACGUGACAUGGGAGCGCGGACCAGGCCGAGCUCUCCCACCCAUCACACCACCAGCCCUGCUGCUUCCACUAUCCCCGCGACCGACGCCGCUGCUGCCGGAACUGCUGCAGUAACGGAAGCGGCGGAGAUGCAGGAAAGGUUGUGGGCAGGGAGGGCAGUGACAGCGCCUGAAGCCAGGCUGUGGCGGGGCCACGCAUCAGGCAUGCAGGCAGGAGGCAUGCAGGCAGCCAUGGCCAGCAGCAUUGCGACAGAUGGUGAUACUUGCACAGACUCUCUCCCAGCAGGCUUGCCUACCUUUCUCCACUCCGGCUGCCUACCUGCCUUCCUACCUGCCGCCCCGAACCUGCCUUCGCAUGCAACGCCGGGCCCUGUGCUAAAGGUGCGGCGGCAUUGCAUCGCUGAGGCGGCAGAUAAGGACGACUCGGGCGGCAGCAGCAAGGGUCUGGGCGGCAGCGGGCCGGCGUCGCUGUUCACCAUUCUGAUCAUGCCAGCCGAGAGCGGAGGGAAGAAGGAGAGCCGUCGAUUCUUUGAUGUCAACCACACUAUCGAUGCAAUGCGCGCCAGCGGAGCAGCACUCGAGCUGAUGAACGCUCAGACCGAAGUCCUGCCGGUGCGGCUGGGCGGCAUGGACGGCGACAAGCUCGCCAAGAUGGCGCAGUACGGCAAGUGGACAGUAAAGACAAACGACGAGCAGCGCGGGGAUCAUAUCUCCGUCCUCCGCGCCGUCCGGCUCUGGCUGGUCCCAGAUUCCGAGGUGGAACUUACCCUGGUGCUGGCUUCCGGCGGGGUAAAUAACGCGGCGUGCCCUCCCGAUUGGGGGUUACUUCUGGAACAAACCCUCGAGGGUGUGGUGCAUGUGGUGGGGGUGAGGGGGGGCAGUCCGGCUGAAAAGGGAGGAGUGGCCAUGCUGCUGAGGAUGGCACGGGCGAAGAAACGGCUGCUGCUGCUGUCGCGGCUGCAGGGACAGGUGCUGCUGCCGUCGGUGAUAGCCAAUGGGCAGAUAGACUGUGCUGACGUGGAGGCGCUACAGGAGCAGCUGGUGCUGCAGGCGCAUCUGCCGUCCAUCCCGCUGCGCCUCACGUUUGCCCUGUGA